CCUGAAGCUAGUGGUUACGGAGCUACAGACUGACACCCGCAAUCGAUAAGCCGACAAUCCGCAUCGGCGGAAAAGACCCCGUCCCGACCCGCACUCUCUCUUCAUUCUUCCACUGGCACUUCAUUCACCAACUGACUCCAACUCAAUCAAUUACACCGGAAACUAAAUCAACACAGCGCAAAAUGCGCUCCCUCCUCUCCGUCCUCUCCCGGACGGGCUCAAGAACCACUCCCCUACGCCCCACAUCCUCAAUCCUGCGCACCGCUCUCAACAGAACAGGAACAGCAGCAGGACCGGACUCCCUUUGCACGCGCUGCCUCCGCCGCACCAACAACACCACCCAGCUUCGCUUCUACAACAACAACCAAUUUACCGACGACCAGCGCUGGCUCUCCGUCGUCGAUGCCCCCUCCCAAGUCGUCCGCACAGGCCGGAAACAUGGUCCGGGACUGAUCAUUCUCGCACUAAUCCCCAUAAUCUCCUUCGCCCUCGGAACAUGGCAAAUUCAACGCCUAGAUUGGAAAACGAACCUAAUUGCCAAAUUCGAAGACCGGCUAAUCAAGCCCCCGCUGCCUCUACCCCCGCGGGUCGACCCGUCCGCGAUCUCCGAGUUCGAUUACCGCCGUGUCGUCGCGACGGGGACGCUGCGACAUGAUCAGGAGAUGCUGGUGGGUCCGCGCAUGCGGGAGGGCCAGGAUGGGUUCUUUGUGGUGACGCCGCUGGAGCGCGAGGGUGGGAGUACGGUGUUGGUGAAUCGGGGGUGGAUUAGUCGGAAGAUGAAGGAGAAGAGGGAUAGAUUGAGACAGGGGGAAGGGAGGGCGCUGCCGGAUGGAGAGGUCGUGGUGGAGGGAUUGUUGAGGGAACCGUGGAAGAAGAAUAUGUUUACGCCGGAUAAUGUGCCGGCUGAGGGAAAGUUUUAUUUCCCUGAUAUUGAGCAGAUGGCGGAGUUGACGGGGAGUCAGCCCGUUUGGAUUGAGGAGACUAUGGUCCCCGAUAUGGUCGAGGCUAUGGAUCGCGAGGCCAAGGGUAUUCCUAUUGGCCGUGCUGCUGAAGUCAACCUCAAGAACAACCACAGCCAGUAUAUCUUUACUUGGUACGGCUUGUCGCUGGCAACCUCCAUCAUGCUGUGGAUGAUCAUCCGCAAGCGUCCCAACGAGGCUACUCGGCGUGUGCGUCAGAACCGGAACUGGUAGUGGCUCAUGCCCCGCAUGCUGGACGGCGUCUGGACUUGUAUCUAUAGGAAUUGUAUAUCUAUACCAUCAUGGUGGCAUGGCCAAUCUCAUAUCUUGCAGCAACUCCUUGGGCAGGUGCUUUUGCGCCAGCGAGAAGACCGUGGUGGACUGGUUAACGUGCCGUUGCCGCCGCAUCAAGGUUGCCACAUCGCUCUCGUCGAUGGUCUUGCGCCCCGCGUGCUUGGAAUACGCAGCCAGAUCUUCACUCGCCUGCUCAAAGAACCACGAUGAGGCCUGCUCAAUCGCGGCUAGUGUCUCCUUGCUGAUUUUGGCCUUUGACCCGUUCCGCGCCCGCGCAAACCGGGUGGCCAGCUUCUUCACGACUCCGACGGGAAGGUUGGGCACGGGAAUGCCAUGUCGGGAGAGCUUCUUCUGUUUCGCGCCGGAUAUGUAGCGGUCCUCGUCCCGCAGACCCCCUCCCGCAAUCCCUGGACUCUGGCUCUCACUUAGUGCCACCGGAGCGGGCGGCGGCGAUUGUAGUUCCAUGCCAAAGUCGCCAGCAGCGAUGGACACGCUGUCGGCAUCAUCG